AUGGAGCCAGUGUACACUUUCAUUCUUAUGGUAUUGUAUUUAUUGAUUGCCCCUUUUGCCCUGGUUUUCAUUUGGGCCAUUUACUAUGACCUUUCGACGUCGGAGAUCCCUCCUGGAAUUGACCAGCCUUUGAAGCUCCGAAUCCUACACUGGUUAAUGCUCGUUUCAGCCUCUCUGGGGAAGAUUCUGGAGAACCUCUGCUUCUGUUCCCAAAUUCAUUUCAUCCGCUUCACCCAAGAAGGGAAAAAACUGGGAGAAGAUCCCAAACUCCUGAUUAAGGAUCUAACUUUCGAGGACAUCCCAGUGAGGGUUUAUCAGCCAAGAGAAUCCAAACCGGAACGAAGGAAAGGAGUCGUCUAUUUCCAUGGAGGAGGCUGGAUGUUUGGCAGUAUCAAUUCGUACGACCAUGUUUGUCGGUACAUUGCCAAAGAGAGUGAUUCGGUGCUGGUAUCAGUUGGAUAUAAUCUAGCCCCCGAGCAGAAGUAUCCAUCCCAGUUUCACGACUGCCUGGCCGCCACUGUGCAUUUUUUGAAGCAAGCCGAAGACUACGGGGCGGAUCCUGCUCGCAUUAUCAUCAGCGGGGACAGCGUCGGAGGGAAUUUCGCCGCUUCCGUGUGCCAAGCUUUGGUGAGCCGAGCAGACGUAGUGAAGCCUCUCGCUCAGAUCCUGAUCUAUCCUGGCCUUCAAGCGAUAGACUUCAACCUGCCUUCCUACCAACAGAACCGAGCUGUCCCCAUCUUGUACCGCGAGCAUGUCAUCUGUUCCGCUCUGCAGUACCUCAACAAGGACUUGUCCGUGUUGGACAGCGUCAUGCAAGGGUGUCAUGUUCCGAGCGACAUCAAAACGAGAUUCGGGAAGUGGAUCAGCUCUGAGAACAUCCCGCGAGAAUUCAAGGCCAGAGGAUUCAAGCCGUCAGAGGCCACGUCCUUCUUAGAUGAAGUCUACGAGGUGGUGAAGCAAGCUUUGGAGACCACCUUCUCCCCGCUUAUGGCUGAAGAAGCUGUUAUUUCCCACCUUCCCAAGGCCUGUAUCAUAACUUGUGAAUAUGACGUUCUAAGGGACGACGGGCUCCUUUACAAGAAACGGCUGGAGGACAACGGGGUACCCGUCACUUGGUACCACAUUGAAGACGGAUUCCACGGGGUGAUCAACUUUUUCAAUGGGUUUUUGUCAUUCCCCUCGGGUAAAAAAGGGGUGGACAGCAUUGUCACUUUUAUAAGAAGUUUAUAA